GUCUAAGCCACCUAAACUGCCCAAUCCUUCCUAAGCAGAAAGGCAUACAGGACAAUUGCUGCGCCCAGAUUCGAGCGUCGAGCUGCCUCCAUGUCGUGUAUCACUAUUGGCUAGCAUUUGGUGCCCAUGUACGCCAUAAAUUAUUCAUCAACAUUUGGCCCCCUACGAAUUGUCUUUCUCUUUUUCAUCUUGACUUAUGUUUAGAGGCACCCAAAAUGGAGGUCAUUUCGGCGGUCGCCAGCUUCAUCGCGAUUGGCCAAGUGCUUGCCGCUACUCCCAAAGCCAUCGAUGUAGUGAGGUCUGUGGUCGAGGUUAAGCAGGAAAUGCUUCAGCGGCUAAAUGAGGUGGAAUUAUUAGGUGCUAUGGGAGCAGUUGUUAGAGAGAUAAUUCAACAUUUAUCGAAUGACAAUGAUCUAACAGCCGGAUUCUCAAUACACUUACUCAAUGUGCUGCGAAGCACUGAGGCUGACCUGGCGUCGGUUACGUCGCAGCUGAAAACGCUCAUACUUGGCUGCCAGGCAGGAAGAAAACCGAAUGGCGAGAUCAAAGUAGACAGAUUGAAAUGGUUCCGAUAUAGAACGAGAAUCGCUUCUCUUAGCGAAAGAGCGAGGAGAUACCUUGAGGCUCUACACCAAGUUAUCAGCUGCACAUCAUUCUUCGCCAUAGCGUCUAAUAGAAUGAUACUCGCGGGUAUUCACAGGAAUCAGACACAUUUAGCUGUUCCCCCUCCGCUCCAAAUAAAGUCUAUCGACCAGAAUCAUGUUAUGGAUGAAGCUGUAUCUCAUCUUUCUGAGGUUGAUAGCGAAGGAACGACACAGGGCGAUGCUAUAAUUGAAAUCGACUCUGAUACCGAAUCAAUACCCGACGAUACCUACAAACCGAGCACAUCGGUUGUAGUGGGACAUUCAUCAGUUGUGUCUCGCAAUGGAGGGGUUAUGGAGAGCCAGGAAUCUUUACUACAAAUUACAGCUGCGAUGCGAGGAGUUUGCGCUCGGAAUUGUCCGUGUCGAUGUCACUUAUCUUCCAACAGAAGUCGAGCGGAUCCUGCUACAUCGUCUGUAUACGGUUGGUUGAAGCAAGCUUAUAACAGCAUUUCGCAGUUCAACGCGCCGAGUUGCAACGUAUUCACAUGCCGCCGAACGAAUGACCCAGUUUAUUUCAACCUUCGGUUUCCGCUUCUAUUCUGCUCUCGGUCGAUUGAGGCGACUAUUUCUUUCAGCAAUGUGGUGGGCGCCGGCGCUUCACUUCAUUUGCGCGUCGCGCGCGCUCUGUCGGUAAAAAGCUAUAUCUGGGCAGAAAUAGAAGAGGGAAGGAUUGAAAGGGUGCAACAGGCGAUAGCUCGAAGAACGAUCUCUCCUUUCGAUGCUGAUGAAGACUGCAGUGUCAUAGAGCACGCCCUAGACAAACACCAAGUCGAUAUCGUUAUGAUGCUCAUAAGAGAGUCAAUGGCAAUUCUUCGAAACACCGAUCUUGCAAAAUACUUGGCGACAUGCGCCAGAGUUGCCUUAGAAGAUCAUUAUCCCGUUGAACACGAGGUAGCUAUGUUACGGAACGUAAUUGAACUCGACGAAGACAGCGAGGAUUAUUGGCCGAUCCACCAGGCAGUACGAGCUGGAGGUGCCGAUCUCGCUGAAGUUCUAGAGGAGCAUAGCUCUGAAGACAUCAACGCACUUGACAACUUCGGCCGAACACCAUUGCACUGGGCCGCAGGAUACGCAUACGAUAACUGCGUACGACUUUUACUUCGUCAUGGCGCAAAUCCAAAUAUUCUUGACCUAACUUCCAAGAGGACGCCGUUGAUGGACGCCGCAAUAAAUGGGUCUGUUGGUUCUGUCAAGGCUCUGAUUGCCGGAGGAUGUGAUGUCAACAUCGCCCGAGCGGAUGGCGAGGCUGCUCUUAACUAUGCGAUAAUGUCGUACGUUCAGGGCUCGGCGGAAAUUACGAGAAUUCUUCUGGAAAAUGGAGCUCGACUUACCAGUCCGGAUAUGGGAAAUUUAGUUCACAUACUCGCGCGCACUCUGACGGCAGCGGAGGUACAUGAAAAGUUCGACUUGAUCGUCGGUGCUGGGGCGGGGCUCGAAGAGAAGGACCCUGUUUACAAGUCUACGCCGUUGACGCGCGCACUGGCAUUCAACAACAUGGUUAUGCUCCGACUACUAUACGAUGCUGGUUGCAAGUUCGAAGAAGCUCCGAAUACACAUAACGACUUAUUCUGGCUAGCAAGCUUUAGUGAGGCUGAAGCCAUAGAAUUCUUCAAUGAAUCCGGGUUUACAAUAGACGUACGUGUACGUGAUAACGGAGGAGAUACAGCAUUGGACGUAAUGGAAUGGAGGUUACAUACAAAUCCUUUAUGGUUACCCGGUUCGUUUCGACCGCCAAGUUAUAACGACUACCACGCUUUUAAAAAAUUACUCUGCGAUAUAAGAGAUCGCUAUCUGACCGCCGAGAUCGAGAACUUGGAAAUAGUUGUCGGCCACUUAAAGUCAGGUAACAGCACUCUAGCGCGAGAAGCCCUUAAACCCGUCAUCCAAGAAAAGAUCCACUGGGAUAUCCCAGCCGAGCGUAGAACGUUUCGGGCUAUCGAUGUUCAAAUUAAAGAAGAGAUGAUUGAGGCUGCUAUCGAGUCAAUUGAGGAAUUCAUCGAAGUAUCAGAGUCGCGGAUAAGAACUGACCCUUUCGUCGGUAAUUACUUCCGCAGCUGUGGUCUUCAGGACGAUGGUGUGGUUGUUGAAGAUAUUUGCUAUAGGCCGAGGGACUGUGAGGAGGGAGAAUGAUAGACCAGGCAAGAAGUCCUAGUUUGAGGGCGUAUUGACGUUUCCGAUACGGAAGCAACAUUUAUAUAGUUACGACUUCAGGAAUAAUGGAGAUAUUGAAGAAAUAGAGGGAACUAGGGAGGUUCAGCGCACAUAACUACUCGCAGCAUAUCUUGAACGGUCGUCUUGGAAAGGAAGUUAGAACGAUCUGGAAAUAGACCAUGGGAUAUACUCACACAUACCAAUGCUUCAAAUAUAUUUGAAACAGCCGGAUGCGCGAGAGUGAUAGAGCACUACAUACCUGGCUCUAUACGUGCGUACCUAGGUACAUAUGUAGAUACACGGCACACAAUGUCAGUUAAAUGCUAUAGUCAUAACUCGUGAUCAAUUUCCAUACCGCUAACUCACAGCAGUCUAGAUACAACACUUGACAGGAAUAGUAACAUUAAAAUGGUGCCAUUCAUUCAUCAUCUCCCCGAAAAAGAAACACAAUAAAAUUACCCCCUCUGCUCACUCACGACAUGGCUUAACAUGAUUUGAUCAUUGCAUUGUCUUCGUAACCCCGUGGCGUCAUUCAUGAUAUGAAAAAAUAAUAAAUAAAAAAGAAAU